CCCAUUCCAUUUUGUUUUUGGCUCCCAUUAGAGUUCAAGUGAAGCAACACAAUUGAAACAACGAGAAUUUGAUUCAAUAAACUAUUAUCUAUCAAUUAUAAUUAAUUGAUUGAAAAAUUGGAGAUUUAAAAAAUAAAAAUAAAAAAAUUCACCAAGCUUAAAGCGAAAACGUUGUCGUUUUGGUUAUUGCCUCGCCAUACAACACCCGCGUCUCCUUCUCCUUCGUUCGCCUGCCUCCUCCGACUUCAUUUUUUUGGGUUGGAUCUCUAGCAGUCUACGCAACCCCUGCUUUUUCCGGGACACAGUUGGAAUUUGCAUUCCAUUCUUUUCGAUUUUUCCAAUUUCUCAAGGACUUUGAGUUCCCGUUUCUUUGAGGUUAAAGGCCUAUCAGAAUUUUCACAUUCCGGAAUUACCCCUGCGCCUUUAGCAACAUGAUUGCAUCCUCUUCGUGAAGCCCUAACACCAUCGAUUGCUUUGGCACAGUACUCGAUUCGAUCACAAUGUCACAGGAGGAGAUAGCAAGGGAAGCGAUAAAGCACGCACUGAAGGCUCUUCGGAAGCGGCAUUUGCUCGAAGAAGGUGCUCAUGCUCCGGCUUUUAUCGCUCUUGCGAGGCCAAUUGCUCAUCAGGGCUCAGAAUGGAAGGAGAAAGCAGAGAGUUUGGAACUCGAACUUCAGCAAUGUUACAAAGCUCAAUCUCGAUUGUCCGAGCAACUUGUGGUGGAAGUAGCAGAGUCCAGAGCUUCAAAAGCUUCACUUCAAGAGAAAGAAGCAGCAGUGGCUGAUCUCCAAAAGGAGUUAACAGAAAAAAGGGAUGAAUGCUCUCAAUUAACGGUUGACUUAGAAGAGAAGAUUAAAGCCUUAGAAUUGGUUGUGAGUGAGAACAAGGAAAUAAGAGCGCAGCUUGAAGAAAUGUCUAUUAGAGCUAAGAAUGCUGAGGCUGAAAGUAAGGUGUUAAUUGACCGCUGGAUGUUGGAAAAGAUGAAGGAUGCUGAACGCCUUAACGAGGCAAAUGCACUCUAUGAAGAUAUGAUUGAGCGGCUCAGGGCCAGUGGUCUGGAAAAACUUGCUAGGCAGCAAGUAGAUGGUGUGGUCCGCCAAAGUGAAGAAGGUGCUGAGUACUUUGUGGAGUCAACAAUUCCCUCUGCAUGCAAGAGCAGGAUCCAUGCCCAUGAAGGUGGCUGUGCUUCCAUAUUAUUUGAGUACAAUUCUGGCAAAUUGAUUACUGGAGGACAGGAUGGGUCCAUCAAAAUGUGGGAUACAAACACUGGGGCACUAAAUCAUACACUUCAUGGUUGCAUUGGUUCCGUUCUUGAUAUUACCAUUACCCAUGAUAAUAGAUCUAUCAUUGCAGCAAGCAGCUCAAACAAAUUGUAUGCCUGGGAUGUUAGCUCGGGGAGGGUUCGCCAUACUCUCACUGGCCACAUGGAUAAAGUAUGUGCUGUAGAUGUUAGCAAUUCAAGUCGUCAUGUUGUGAGUGCAGCCUAUGAUCGUACCAUAAAAGUAUGGGAUUUGCAGAAAGGUUACUGCACCAACACAAUUAUUUUCCCCAAAAACUGCAAUGCUCUUUGCUUCAGCAUGGAUGGACAAACCAUAUGUUCUGGGCACGUUGAUGGAAACCUUCGCUUGUGGGAUAUUGAGAAGGGAAAGCUACUCAGUGAAGUAGCUGCACAUUCAAAUGCUGUUACAUCCAUAUCUUUGUCCCGAAAUGGCAACGUUGUUUUGACAAGUGGGAGAGACAACGUGCAUAAUUUGUUUGAUAUGCGGUCUCUGGAAGUCUGCGGCACAUUAAGAGCCACAGGAAACAGAGUGGCGUCUAACUGGAGCCGGUCCUGUAUCAGUCCAGACGACAAUUAUGUUGCCGCUGGAUCUGCCGAUGGUUCUGUGUAUAUUUGGUCAAUCUCUAAGGCCGACAUUGUGAGCACUCUGAAGGAACACACUGCAUCUGUGCUGUGUUGUUCAUGGAGUGGGCAUGGAAAACCUCUAGCUUCUGCGGACAAGAACGGCAUUGUUUGCACUUGGGCGUGAAUCGUUUGGCUGAGGCCGUCUAUUCUUGUUUCCACAAGACACAUCUCACUCAUACAUAAUGUACACAAGUGUUAUUAGAUUUGGUGUAAAUAUUUGAUUGAUUCAUCUCGAAUUGUACCAUGUGUGCAGUCAUUCUUCUCUCUUUCUCAUACAAAGUUCCUGAAUAAAUCUUAUUCAUUUUUUUUCUGUUCUUGUUUCUUGGCCAUAGUUGAGAGUAGGCUUAGCUAUGCCAAUUGCCACUAUAAAUUAUGAUUCAAACAAUAUUAAAUACUUUAAAUCAAAUUUGCCAAUUUUACAAUAACUUCCAUUCUAUAUGAAAAAUUCCAAUAAUUAAUCCUUACCCAUAAUAGCUUUCUUGGCCCUAGAAAAAUAAAAUUUAAAAAAAAAAAAAAAAAAACCCUAUCUAAUCUGUUGUUCAAACUUCAAAUGGGCCAAAUAACAACCAUGGAAUCAUUCCUCAAUCGGGCCCAACAGGGAGUGGAGCUUCUCUACCUAGUUACUAUAAAGCAUUCUGGGGUUUGGAUUCGACCCGUUUUCGAUAACGGAAAGUCCUGCCGGUGGUCUCACUCUCUGGCCUGAAACCUAAAACGGAGAUUGGAAGAAGUGAAAGAGAAGCUGAACGAUGGUGAAGGUAGCAACCUACUUUGCUAUGACUUUGGGAGCUUUUGUGUUCUGGCAAUCCAUGGAUAAAGUCCACGUCUGGAUCGCUCUCCAUCAGGACGAAAAGCAAGAAAGACUGGAAAGGGAAUUGGAAAUUAAGAGGGUUAGAGAAGAGCUGCUGCAGCAAGCCAAACAAAGGGAGACUCAAGCAUGAUCUACUCGAUUGAUUUUCUUGUACCCUGGUUUCCCUUUGUUUCCUCUACUUCUGAUUUUGUUUGAGCAUAGCUCUCUUGAACAGUCUCAUGGUUCUGGAAUAAUUUAACUUGGCAUUCAUGGGAUAGCUAAGUUUUGUCGUAUGAAUGACUUUGUGUAAGAUUUCGAAAAUGAUAUCAUAUUUUUCAAUGUUAUAGUGACGCUUUGAAAUGUUAA